GUCUGAAUGCAGUCUUCACACCUAUGACUAUUCUAUAAAAGGAUCCUCAUACCAAGCGAGAGAGGCCAUAGCCUAUCAAGACCAUUAGCCUCCAUCCUCUGCUCAUAUCUUACUGAUUAGCCCUUCCUUCUUAGCAACUCAUAAUGUCUCUGCUCUCAGAUCUUGUCAACCUCAACCUCUCUGAUACAACCGAGAAGGUGAUCGCAGAGUACAUAUGGAUCGGUGGAUCUGGCAUGGACCUCAGAAGUAAAGCCAGGACUAUUUCUAGCCCAGUGACUGACCCUGCAAAACUUCCCAAGUGGAACUACGAUGGGUCAAGCACAGGGCAAGCUCCUGGAGAAGACAGUGAAGUCAUCUUAUAUCCACAAGCAAUCUUCAGGGAUCCAUUCAGGAGAGGCAAAAACAUUCUUGUGAUGUGUGAUGCUUACACUCCAGCUGGAGAGCCCAUUCCAACCAAUAAGAGGCAUAAUGCUGCCAAAACCUUCAGCCACCCUAAAGUUGCUGCAGAGGAACCAUGGUAUGGCAUAGAGCAGGAGUAUACCCUGUUGCAGAAGGAUACAAAUUGGCCCCUUGGUUGGCCACUUGGUGGCUAUCCUGGACCACAGGGCCCAUACUACUGUGGGGUAGGUGCCGAUAAAGCUUAUGGGCGUGACAUAGUAAACUCACACUACAAAGCCUGUCUUUAUGCUGGCAUUAAUAUCAGUGGCAUCAAUGGCGAAGUGAUGCCUGGACAGUGGGAAUUCCAAGUGGGUCCUGCCGUCGGCAUCUCUGCCGGAGACGAGCUCUGGGUUGCUCGCUACAUUCUGGAGAGGAUCGCAGAGAUUGCUGGGGUUGUGGUUUCGUUUGAUCCCAAGCCUGUUCAAGGAGACUGGAAUGGAGCUGGGGCUCACACCAACUACAGCACAAAGUCGAUGAGAACUGAGGGAGGCUACGAGGUGAUAAAGAAAGCCAUUGAAAAGCUUGGUUUAAGGCACAAAGAGCACAUAAGUGCUUACGGGGAAGGCAACGAGAGGCGUCUCACAGGGAAACAUGAAACUGCAGACAUUGACACAUUCUCUUGGGGGGUGGCGAACAGAGGAGCAUCAGUGAGAGUAGGGAGAGACACAGAGAAAGAAGGGAAAGGAUAUUUUGAGGACAGAAGGCCAGCUUCUAACAUGGAUCCUUACGUUGUCACCUCCCUCGUCGCAGAGACCACUAUCCUCUGGAAACCAUGAACAUCAUCCUCAACAUCACCACCAUUAAUCCUAUCGCUCGUCUCUUUGGCUUUCAUCUGCUUGAAUUUCGUUACCAUUUAAGAUGUGAAGUGAUAUGCCACUUCUGUCUGUGGAGUUCAAUAAUAUUCAGAAUAAUACUCUCUUCCAUUCCAUCCAAAUUUUUAUGAUUUCUUA